AUGGGUGGCAAAUUAUCUGUGAUAAACGAUCGUUUGCAUGAUUUUGAAGUUUUGCAUGCAAAUAUCUUUUCUCCUGGUCAAGGCAUUUGUUUACAACGUUUGGAACCAGAAGGAAGUUCAGAAUUCAAAUUUGAUUACAGUCUAGCAUAUGGAUCUUGGUAUGACAUUCAAAUUGUUGGUCGACCCAAAUCUGCGGUAGCGAAUGAUAAAGUUCAACGAUAUCUGACAAAAGGCAUCUAUCUCAGUAAUGGAAAAAAAGUAAAGAUCAGUGCACUUACAGCUGAAAAAAACCAUGAUCUUGGCGCUAAAUGGAACUGUGGAAAGUGUCACAAAGACAAUUACGGGAGUGUGCGAGUGUGCGAGUUUUGUUUUACCAAUAGAUCACAGACAAUAAUCACAGUACUAUCAUUUUUACCCGUUAUUGGUCUUCCAUUUUCAUUAACAAAUGCUGUCCUUCAAUGUGGUAAAGCUGCCCAAUCAAACAACACUGCAGAUGAAGUCGAUGCUGGUCUCAGUGUAGCAAUGUCUAUAGUAGAUGUUGUCACGACACCAUUCAUUGUUGGUUCUCUAGUGACAAUACCUGCUAAGGUGGCUGCUGAAACUGGCAUUAAAUUAACAGCCAAAACCGUCUUCUGUGAUGCAGGUAAACCGUUGUUGGUUGCAGUUGGGAAAGAAUUCGGAAAAGGAGGAACUGUAGCUACGGUAAAAGUUGGUAAAGCCGCAGUUGAAAAAAUUAUUAAGAAAUUAGAAUGA